GCUGCUGAAGAUGCAGAAGGCGGAACAACAUCUAAGCGGUUGGCUCCAGUAGCCCACGACUAAAUCGAAGGCAAGAUUCUAGCUUUCCAAGGGAGAAGAAAAUGAAACCCAAUCAGGCAAACCAAUAAUAGAGCCUCACAGGCAUCAAGAUCUGGCUGUGCUCCCCUCGCACCUCCGUCCCCCAUCCUCCACGUGAACACCAGGCUCCUCACAACCCCGACGUGUCUUCCACCCCCCACGAAAGUCCCUCCAACGAAUAAGUAGUCUUGCAAGCCUGCAGAAGUGCUGGCAACCAAAGUUGCUCUUCUCAACUCAGCCCCUUGGAAGUUGCUGUCAUCCUCACUGAGAGGCGAGACGAGGCUGCCGCCGGGGGAAGGACAAUGCCCACCGAGCUUUGUUGGGGAAAUCCUGCUUACCUGGUUUAAAGGUUAUGUCAUGGGUCACAUUUUGGACUUGGACUGAAAGGCGGAGUCUCCUGUGCUGCUGGAUCUGUUGACCCUUUGCCAUUGGCUUUUCACAAUGAACGGGAGAUCAUGCAGUUUGAGUCAUCACCGAACAUCAGGUACUCCUCAGGGUCCAGGGAUGAUCAAUGGACAGCAAAUCCCUCCUCUCCGAAUUCAUUCGGGGAUGCCUUGCCCAUCAUCCAACGUCAGUACCCCUAGCCCAGCUAUUGGAAACCUGGUGAACAGCCUCCAUCUCAAAAUGCCCCUGGGAGGAGGAGUUGCUCCUCAGAGCAACAUAACUGAUAGUCCUAUCCACCUCCCGGCUUUAAGCCCAAGGAGACAAGUGGUUACCAAUGGAAAGCCUCUAUUCCAAGCCCCACAGCUUCCAGGCAUGCCGCCGCCACAUUCUUUAAAGUCAAAGCAGCAGGAAUUUGGAAACCCCUUUCCCACAAACUCGGUGAAAGGGGGUCUUGGCUAUGGUCCUCAGUGCAAGUCCAUUGGAAAAGGCAGCUGCAACAAUCUUGUAGUCACCAGCAGUCCCAUGAUGGUUCAACGACUGGGACCCAUUUCACCUCCUACCAGCCAGGUCUCAACGGCAUGCAACCAGAUCAGUCCUAGCUUACAGAGGACCAUGAAUGCAACCAGCCUGAAUAUGCUUCCUUCAGAUACCAGGUCCCUCAUGUCGCGUGAAUCUUUGGCAUCCACAACGUUGAGUCUGUCAGAAAGUCAGUCAGCCUUGAGCGUGAAACAAGAGUGGUCUCACGGCCAUCGGACUCUUCCUUCCCUUCCUUCCAACCAAGGCUCUCAAAAUGGCAGUGAGCUAGGGGACCUGUUUAGCCUACCCUCCGGGACAUCCAUGUCCAACAAUAGUGUUUCAAAUUCACUACCAUCCUACCUGUUUGGUGUGGAAAACAACCCUUCUCCUUAUCCCAGUCCGCGCCACUCAUCCACCAGAUCUCACUCGACCCGCUCCAAGAAGAGAGCCCUCUCUCUGUCCCCUUUGUCUGAUGGCAUUGGGAUUGACUUCAAUACGAUCAUCCGCACCUCCCCCACUUCCUUGGUGGCCUAUAUCAAUGGCUCACGGGCAUCUCCAGCCAACAUCUCUCCACAGCCUGAAGUCUACGGGCAUUUCCUAGGGGUGCGGGGCAGCUGCAUUCCCCAGUCGUGUUCCAUUCCGAGCACCCAACGAAGUCUUCUUGUGACCAGUGGCAGUCUCGCCCUUCCAGCUUACAGCGAGAAUGGAACCGUGGAGUACCAGCGCAUGCAGCAGCUGGAGCAGAGCAGCCUGCAGUCAGCUCUCAUGAACAACAUGGUCGUGCAACAGGGGAUCCCCCUUAUGGACAGUCAGCCCGUUGGCUUGCUCAAAAGCGAGCGCUUGGAUGAUUUUCCUGGCAGCGCCAUUGACCUGCCUCCGCCUCCCCCACCUCAAGGCCCUCCGCCCCCUUACCAUGCCCACCAGCAUCUUCACCAGCCUGAGCUCAUCCAUCAUUCCCUUCCUCUUUCCUUGCCACCUUCUACCCAGGGACUGUUUCAUGAUGAAGAUGGAGAAAUCGAUGAUUUCAAUGGAAAGCACUGCUGCCGCUGGAUAGACUGCAGCGCCGUGUACGAUCAGCAAGAGGAGCUCGUUCGGCACAUAGAAAAAGUGCACAUAGACCAGAGGAAGGGGGACGAUUUCACAUGUUUCUGGGCCGGCUGCCCUCGAAGAUACAAGCCAUUCAAUGCCCGUUACAAACUGUUGAUUCACAUGAGGGUUCACUCGGGAGAGAAGCCAAACAAGUGCACGUUUGAGGGCUGCAAGAAGGCCUUUUCCAGGUUAGAAAACCUCAAGAUUCACUUAAGGAGCCAUACAGGAGAGAAGCCUUAUCUAUGCCAACAUCCGGGCUGUCAAAAAGCAUUCAGUAACUCCAGCGACCGUGCGAAACACCAGCGGACACAUCUGGACACUAAACCUUAUGCAUGUCAAAUUCCAGGAUGUACCAAGCGCUAUACAGAUCCAAGUUCCCUGAGAAAGCAUGUGAAGGCACAUUCUUCCAAAGACCAGCAGGCCAGGAAAAAGUUGCGGUCCAGUAUGGAGCUCGACCAGGACAUCCUCAAUGAUUGCCUAACUAUUCAACCUCUUCAGCCUGCCACUUCCCCUCAUGAUGCCACAGACAACUCAUUGGGACGAUCUCCGGGGCCCGUUCACGACAUCUAUUCAGCUACGAUUUUCUCCAGCGCUCACUCAAGUCGAAGUGGAACAGCUGCCGGGGCCGGGCCUCCCCCUCAUCCCGUUAGUCACCCUUCUCCAGGACAUAAUGUACAGGGGAGCCCCCACAACCCACCAUCCCAGUUACCUCCUCUCACAGCUGUGGACGCGGGAACUGAAAGAUUUGCUGCUCCUACUCCAUCUCCCCACCACAUCAGCCCCCGGAGAAUUCCAGCCUCAUCUUCAGUAAUGCAAAGGUCCCAACCUCCCCAUGUUCAGCAGCCUGCAGGAUCACAGCCGAAGUCAUACCAGCCUAUAGCAAAUCCUUCUUUCCAGCCGAACAGCAUCCACGUCCACGGUUUUUAUGGGCAACUGCAAACUUUCUGUCCUCCCCAUUACCCUGACUCACAGAGGAACAUGCCACAUGGCAGCUCUUGCAAUAUGGUGCCUCCUUUUGAAGACUGCCUUGUCCCUGCACCCAUGGGCCAGGCAGGGUUUGAUGUUUUCCACCGAGCCUUUUCCACUCACUCUGGCAUCACAGUGUACGAUCUGCCUUCGGGGUCCGCAGGCCUCUUUAGCGAGUCGCUCCGCGGCGGGCCCGAAGACACCGCUUUCCUGCAGAUCAGUGCGGUGGAUCGCUGCCCCAGCCAGCUUUCUUCCGUCUAUACUGAAGGCUAAAAGACCCCCUCGCCUGCCAUGUUAAUCGAGAAACACUCUGCUGCACGUCAUCUUUCCUUUUCCCUCAUCAGGACCCAAGCCUGCUCCGGUACAGUCCGUGCUCAAAAAAAGAGAAUGAAACACAGCGAUGGAAUCUCAGUGUCCCGGAAACAGCUCUCUGAAGUGUGGGGGCGCGGGGGGCCGGGUGAGACGCUAAGGAAAAGAGAUGUGGCUAGAGAAAGACAUCGGGUAGAACGUCAGCAGUUGUCCCUUUUCUCAUUUGGUCUGUGGGACCGCAAGAUCUGACGGUGGUCUUUUCAAAGGGAAGUUAAAGGCCGGCUAAGGGAACUGCUACUGGCUGAAAUCUCUUCAAAACGAACCACUGGAAUCGUGAAAAAAAAAAAUGUGGUGGGGGCGGGGGCGGGAAUCUUCAUCUUCAUCUUCGAAAAGCACCACCGCUACGGUCCAGAUCUUGCAAGGGACUAUGUGCUGCCCAGCCCAGCCGCCUCUGACGCUUCCCAUUUUAAGCAAAGCCAACCAGAAGCGGGAAAACCGAUUCCAGCACACGCCACGGGACCUUCUUCUGAGGCCCUCGGGCUCUAGGCGACCCUGACACUGGAUUUGCAGCAAGCCGGGGUCCAAUCUCCUUUUUGAUCACCAGGCUGAGCACUCGAUUGCAUUUCAAUAUUCUUUUAGUUCAGUUAUCUAACAUAGUGAAUUGGAAGGGUCUGUUGAGUCCAUGCGCAUAAAAGGCACCAGAACUUUCCUUAUUAUCCCAGCGAUAUCUGUUAAUGCUUCCACGCUUGAGGGUUUGUCUGCUUUUCUAGCAUAGAGGAGGUUUUUUGUUUUGUUUUUGUUUUUUUCCUGAGGUUUGUAGUUGGGACUUCAAAAAAAAAAAAAAGAAAGGUUCACCCUGGGCAACAACUGAUGUACCAAUUUGGAGCCCGGAUGGAAAGCCAAUGUGUGAUAGCAAGCUUUUUUGUAACAAGAAAAAGAAAUGUUAUUUCCUGGUAAAGAUCUAGAUGCAUGGACUGGACAAUUUCCCCUGAAAUGGGGGGAAAGGUGGCACCUGCCAUGCCCAGCUAACCAAUGAAGAGCCCUACCUGAGGGGGUUUGAGACUAAACUGAGGCUUAAAGGAUCACCAGGAUAGUUAUCAAGAUAGCGUUCUCUACCUAGCAUGCAAGCCGCCCGGUAAAAAUGCUUGAAACACAAAGGAGCUGUGAAAAUCUAGCCCAGCAACAUCGGUAUAUUUCAAAGGAGACAUUAUUUAUAAUAAGAAAAAGGAAAUGAUCCUGUUAGCAAAACAGAAAACAUGUGGGGCAUAGAGGCAAAGUAGGAAAUUGAGUGUAAUACCUGGAAUCCUGGACUCUAUCAAACAUUAUUUAAUGAAUGGUAACUGCAAUAUCUUACGAUUGCUUCAACAGCAAAAAAUAUCCCGCCCAGUUCUCAAGCUCUAUACCAACAUGCAGCAUAAUAAAAUGAAUCGAAAGCAGAUUAUGGUCUUCCAAUUACACUAUGGACUGGAGCAGACUCAAUUUGUCCUCUCGGCAAACAGGGAAUCAACUGAAUCAACGCCGUGAUGACAUCGUAUCAUUUGUCACACGACAUUAUUAACAACAACAACAAAAGAAAAAAAAAUAAUGGCAGUCUGGGCAUGUAUUUGUUCCUCCUGGGUGAUAUGGACACAAUCUCCGCAUUCUGAAUUCUUGAGCAUUAAAGUAUACAUACAUUACACUUGUGCAAAGGAAAAGAAGGGGCGAGGCUUAUACAGAACAAGCGAUCAUGUGCGGACAUGACAACUUAAACUCCCUGUCACUACUUAUGGCUUUAAAUACUUUUAUUUUAAGGUUAAAGAUGAGUGGAAACAGAAGAAUUGGAGGAUUUUAAUUAGAAAGCACGUGGUUAUAGAAUACCAUAAAAGGUAUGCCUUGUUUACUUAUGUACCAAGAGAGUCGGCGUGUGUGUUUUCAUUAUUAUUCUUGUAGCAUCAUAGGAAGAUUUGGGGAAAUCACUUUACACCCAUCUUUAGCUCAUUGAAAGGAACAUGCUAAGUAACUUUUUUCUCGAAGAGUUGAACAGGGAUUAGGUUUUUAAAAUGGUGCUUGGGAAAAUGCACACAGCUUAAUGCCAGUUAUCUGAUUACAUGAGAAAUGUGCCUAAUGACACUUUUUUGUUUGCUGCAUUAUCCUAAUUCUCUAAAGGGACCUCAUUAAAACGUUUAUUUUGUUUUAGAAUAAGAUACAAUUAUUAGAUAUUAUCUAGGUAACUUACAGCUCUCUGGUUGUGUCUCUUUGCCUUCCCUCCCAAAUGGCAUGUAUUUAAUUCUAGCUAGGCGAAGGGGCAGACACUGGGGUAAAUAUAGCUUCCAUUAGCAUACUGUCUCAUUAAAAGAAGUCAAACCUGCUAGUUUACUAAUCACAGUUUCUAAGGAAUUUGAAACACUAACACAGCUCGUCCUACGAUAUCGAACGCUCCAAUUUCCUUUAAGCAUUGAGAAUAAGGACUUUGUAAAAAUUAGAUUUAAUUGUUUGGGGUUUUAUUUUACUGUUUUGACCAUGUAAUUUUAUAGCAGCAUUUUUUUUAAAAUGGCACUUUUUAUUAUUUGUGUGGAAUGUUUGAGUGGCUUUCUUUUUCUAGGAACCGAUAAAGCAAAAAGGCACACAUUUUAAAAUAAAGACGUGUGCUAGGGAAAAAAAAAAGAUGUAUUUUAUACCGAUAGCAAAGCAUCUUGUGUAAUGUUGCUUACACAAAGCACUUUGGGGGGAAAAAGUGGAAAUCUGUUUUCCAUAAAUCAUAUGGAUUCUUGUACAUAUUUAUAUAUGCUACAUAUAGAUAUGAACUACGUAUAUCAAACUGUAUAUCUGGCUGAUUUUCCUAGUGGUACAUCUGUUGCUUAUUGUCAUAAAUCUCUUAAAGAAUUAGGUACACUUUUUCUAUUAAUAUGUAUAGUUUUGUGAUUUGUCACAGGUAUGUUUCGUAUAAUCAUAAGUUAUUUUGUCCUGUUUCAUGAAGUCCUUUUUUAUGUCAGAGGUAAAAUGAAGGGUUUGUGCACUUGGUACAAAAUAAAACUGGAAAUAUAUAACACACCAGCAUGUCUGAAAUACUCCUUCAGAAUGUCUUCUUAAAAUGGAACUGCUCCAGCUAUUGUUUUUCACCAAGGCUCCUUAGUAUUUGGGAUAGUUAAUGUAAUUAGAAACAGAUAGAGGGCAAACAAAUUUCCAAGGCCUGUUCUAAAAAGCCCUAUUGCCGUGGGCCAGAGUUAAAGAGUGGAUUUAAUUAUAGAUAUGAGGAAGAGAAUGGCAGUAAAAAUGAAUGCCUCUCUGAAUCUUUUGC